GCACACUAUGCCGCCCAGAUCAAGACCAACUACUCCGGUCAGACGAGUAUCUCGUGGAUCUAUAUCUUCUCAUCAUCGUGCUUCGGUUUCGGGCGGUCAUGCACUAGGUUCAAGUGCAGCUACUGGUAACGGACCGGACGCAGAACCGACACCACUUUCAUUUCUAUCUCAAGCGAUCGGGGAUUUGGCAUACGAAACAGCAACAUUGCAAUCCAAUCUGGAAGCAGUAGAUGAAAUCCAAGGUGCACUGCAUACAUUCGAUGAAAGCUUCUCUCUGUUCUUGUAUGGCCUCAAGAUGAACGCCUUUUGUGUCGAAUGGCAAGAAGCACCAGGAGAAGAAAACUUUGAGAGGGCAGAAGAACGAAAAGCUGCUUUCGCCAUGGACUCUUCGAGAAGGUAUGGAAGGCCGUCAUUCGCGGGAACAGCGGGAAGGCCGUCAUAUGCAGGAACAGCGGGAGAUGGUUCAACGACAGUGUACGAUGCAGCGACUGCUGAUCAAACAUACAUGACGCAAGAUGAUGAUAUCGAUCUUGGACAACGGAAGCCAACAAUAUCAUCAGCACAACAAAAAGUUCCACUAAAACCUGCACUGAAAUCGGCAAUGAAGAAACCGACCCCCGUUAGUGCAACCACAGCAAAAGCUGCUGCUGCUGCUACUUCUCGACCCGGUCAAGCGGGCAAAGCUACAACAUCAGCUGGAGCAUCCACUUCUGCCGCACCUCAAAAGCCCAAAAUUACAGCAGCUGAAAAAAAGAAACGGGAGGCGGCAGCAGAACAGGUUGUCGAUCUAUUGCCGUUAGAUUAUCGUGGCGGUGAUCCUAGCGCAAAACGCUUGGCGAUGAGUGUGAUUUUGGCUUUAAUUGCAGCAGGACAAAAAGGUAUUCGAAUCAAUGAGAUCGUCAGAGCACCGGAUCUACCACAAGCCAAAGUGAAUAAAUGCUUGAUUGCACUCGUUGGUGCAAAGCAAGUUUUACGAAGGUCGGAUAAUGGCGUUGUGUAUCAUUUGGAUCCCGAAAAGAACCCUAUCGCAGCAUGAAAGCCGAUGACUGCUGCAUCUUGUAUUGAUAUAUCUGUAUUGUACAAUAUUUGGUACAUGAUUGCUAUUCCUGUACAUUUGUGUAAUUUAUAAUUUAUACCACCCUUCUCUGUUGUGAUUCUGCCCAUUGUUCACGCCAAGUAGAUGAUCCAGGUUGACGAACUCCGGUUACCUGUGAAGUAGAGAAUCGACCAAGGCUUCCAUUCGGUCGUAGACUUGGCGUAAAAGAUGAAGAUUGUGAUGAGGAUGGGUGAGCACUAGUCUUUCCUGUAUUAACAUCACUC